AUGACCAAAUCCACUUCCAGUUUCCCCCGCGUGCGGGCAUGUCUCUUUGACAUGGAUGGACUCCUCAUUGACUCAGAGGAUAAAUACACCGAGAUCACCAAUUCUAUUCUUCAGGAAUUUGGAAAGCCAUUGCUACCUUGGGAGAUCAAGGCCCAGCUCCAAGGUCGUCCACAGCCUGAGGCAAGCAAGAUCUUCCACCACUGGGCCCAACUCCCCAUCGGCCCUGAAGAAUACGCAGCAAAGCAGGCCGCUCUCCAGGCCAAAUACUUCCCCCAAUCGCAACCUCUGCCAGGCGUCGCAUCUCUUCUCUCCAACCUCGUCUCAACACAGACGACGGACAAGCCAGUCUACAUCGCCCUAGCCACAUCCUCACACAGCAAGAACUUCAAACUGAAAACGGACCAUCUGCAGGAUCUCUUCCGCGCAUUUCCCGAACCCCAGCGGGUCCUGGGCGACGAUCCGCGGAUCGGAAAGGGACGAGGAAAGCCGCUACCGGAUAUUUACUUGCUGGCUCUAGAAACGAUCAAUGAGUCCUUGCGCCAGCGCGGAGAGCCGGAGAUCACGCCUGAAGAAUGCCUUGUCUUUGAGGACGCUGUGCCUGGCGUAGAAGCCGGUCGCAGGGCGGGUAUGCGGGUGGUCUGGUGCCCCCAUCCCGGUCUAUUGGACGCUUACAAGGGACGGGAAGCGGAGGUUCUGGCUGGCUUGACGGGCGAGCAUAAAGAAGAAGAAAAGUCGGCCCCGGAGAGAGAAGCUGAGGAGCUGACGGCGUGGAGGAUCCAGGGAGCGGGCCGGCCAGGCCAGAUUGACGAUGGUUGGGCCGAUUUGCUUGCGACUUUGGAGAACUUUCCCUAUGAGAGAUAUGGAAUUGAUCUCGCAUGA